CUUGCUGGCAGAGACAUGGCAUGGUGGCCAAUCGGCGCCUCUCUCUUCGCCAGCAGCGAAGGCUCGGGGCUCUUCAUCGGGCUGGCCGGGACUGGUGCUGCCGGGGGAAUCGCUGUCACCGGCUUCGAGUGGAACGCGACUUACGCUCUUCUGGCGCUAGCCUGGGUAUUCGUGCCGGUCUACGUCUCAUCUGGGAUUGUCACGAUGCCCGAGUAUCUCCAGCGAAGGUUUGGAGGCGAGAGGAUCCGAAUGUACCUCUCCGGCCUGUCGCUCCUGCUCUCCAUCUUCACCAAAAUCUCUACGGACCUGUACUCGGGGGCUCUCUUCGUGCAAGUUUGCCUGGGCUGGGACCUUUACCUCUCCACCGUCCUGAUGCUGGUGGUCACAGGGCUCUACACCAUUGCAGGGGGGCUGGCGGCCGUCAUCUACACCGACGCGCUGCAGACGCUCAUCAUGGUCCUCGGAGCCAUUGUGCUGGCGGUGAAAGCUUUUAAUGAGAUCGGAGGUUACUCCAACCUGGAAGAGGCCUAUUUAAAAGCCGUGCCAUCCAAGAUUGUUCCCAACACUACCUGCCACCUGCCCAGAGCCGAUGCAAUGCACCUCUUCCGAGACCCGGUCUCUGGAGAUCUGCCCUGGACCGGGAUGACUUUCGGGCUGUCUAUCAUGGCCACGUGGUACUGGUGCACCGACCAGGUCAUCGUCCAGCGGUCGCUCUCUGCUAAGAGCCUGAGUCACGCCAAGGCCGGCUCCAUCUUGGCCAGCUACCUGAAGAUGCUGCCCUUGUUCGUUAUCAUCAUGCCGGGGAUGAUCAGCAGGGUCCUGUACCCAGGAUUGCAUGUAUUUAGCCGGAGGUUCGCCCUCACCGUAAGCAAAUUUGACACCGUGGCCUGCGUGGACCCCGAGGAGUGUGCCCGUGUGUGCGGGGCUGCCGUGGGCUGCUCCAACAUCGCCUACCCCAAGCUGGUGGUCGAGCUGAUGCCCAGCGGGCUGCGGGGUCUGAUGAUUGCGGUGAUGAUGGCCGCGCUCAUGUCAUCCCUGACCUCCAUAUUCAACAGCAGCAGCACCCUCUUCACCAUGGACAUCUGGAGGAAGUUGAGGCCAGGGGCUGGCGAGCGAGAGCUGCUCUUGGUGGGCAGGGUGGUCACGGUGGUGCUGGUGGCCCUCAGCGUGGUCUGGAUCCCCAUCCUGCAGAGCUCCAGUGGCGGCCAGCUCUACGUCUACAUCCAGGCUGUCACCAGCUACCUGGCUCCUCCUGUCACUGCCGUCUUCGUCCUGGCCGUCUUCUGGCCCCGAGCUAACGAGCAGGGAGCUUUCUGGGGCCUGAUGGUGGGGCUGGCGCUGGGACUGGCCAGGAUGGGGCUGGAGCUGGUGCACCCUGCGCCCCGCUGCGGGGUCCCCGACCGGCGGCCCUGGCUGCUCGCUGACAUCCACUACCUGCACUUCGCCGUGCUGCUGUGUGCUGCCACGGGCACCGUCGUGGUGGGGGGCAGCCUGCUGACCCCCCCGCCACCUCCGGUCCGGCUAAAGGAUCUCACCUGGUGGACCCUCUCACGGGAGCCCCCCCAGCGCUCCGUGGACGGCACAUCCCAGGGACUCCCCGACGGUGAGUGUCCCCCCUUCUGGGCCCGUGUCUGUGGCAUCAAUGCCGUUGUCCUGAUGUGCAUCAAUAUUUUCUGCUAUGCCUAUUUUGCCUAG